CGUGGUGGGAGUGAAGGCGCGCGCAGGGAACGUCUCCUGCCCCUACCAGCGCGUUUCGUCGCGACGGUGGAGGAGAGGGGCGUCCGAAACGUCAGGCCCAGAGCUGGUCCGUCCGUCGUCCGGCCGACUCGAGGUAUCGGAGCAGCGAAUUUCGCGCGAGAUAUAGACUCAUAAACACGCACGCGUACACGUACGCACCCACGCGCACAUGUACCAACACAUACACGUAUACACGCACACACACGCACCGUCUGUCGCGCAUAGCCAGCCGGCGCGUAGUCAGCACACACGUGCAUCGUACACGGACGAAUAGUGGGUGGAACACAUACACAGCCACACACACAUAUGUAUACGGACACACAUACACAUGUAUACACCGCGCGCGUACGUACACGCUGGCAUUCGCAUAUUCCGCGCGCGAACCCACGGACUUUCGCGCGUACGCGUUACGGCUACGCGCGCGUUCUCGCCGCCAUACGGUCGCGAUUAGUCGUAUCGAACUGGCGCCGUCAGUAAGCGGUAAUCGAACUAGCGUGAGAAUACCGGGUGUGUUUUGGUGAGCGAUCGUGAUCGGGAUCUCGAGCGAGAGCCGCGCGCCUCCGAGCCAACACAGCGGACGACUCGUCUCGGAGUAGCGGCCGACUUUCGGAGCGUGGGGAAAGAGAAGAAGAGAGAAAACGAGGGGCAAGGAAGGAGCAGAGAGAGAGGCACGCGGACCACGUGCGGAUCUCACAAGGAGCGUCCACGGACUCGCGGCGAGAGAGCGAUCGGUGUAUCCCGGUGCGCGAGACCACGGAUCCCAUCUCCGGCGAUCUCGCAAAGGAAACGGAUCGCAUCGUCGCGAGUGGGGGAUGGGUUAGGCGGCCGAUGCGAGUCCCGUGAACCCUAUGGCCGGUUACUGGCCGAGUUGACACGCUCACCGGCCGGCGGGCGAGAGCGACCCUCCUCUGGCGACGGUCCACGUAUGGAACGCUUCGGAUAGCGCGUCGCUUCGCGGGGCGAAGGGGAGGUGCGGCUCCCCUGGUUAGUCACGGUGCUCGUCGACGAUGGUGAUGUACGCGGGCGACAAUCGUGUCACGUCUUCACCGCGGUCCGUCAUCAUGAUCACCUGGAGAUCGUCCGUCUCGGCGCGAGAUUGAGGGAACGACAGCGCGCGCGCGAGAGGGAAAGACAUGCGGUUAGCAUUGUGCUUGACGCUGCCACGACAUCGUCAACCGCCGUUGCCCCGUGUCCCGGGACGUCUGGACUGACCACGCGUCCGUUCGCUUUUCGUUGCGAUCCCAAGGAGGCGGAAGAAGAGACGGUGGAGGAGGUGCUGGAGGAGGAGGAGGAGGAGGAUAACGCUCGGCGAUCGAUCUAACCGGCUCGAUCGAGACCGUCGGCGGGCGACGAUUACGUCUUCGGAGCAUCGCAGUUGCCAGAGCAACGAGGAGAGUGAAACCGAGCCCAACCGAGUCGGAGGGAUGUCACGGAGAAAGCAGGCCCGACCGAGUCGUGCCCACCUUGAGGAGGAUCUUGUCCAGGCGCCGCUGCUGAUCAAUCCCGUUGGAACUGUCGCAAGCGAGAUCCGAGAAGAAAAUGACUUUACCUCAGACGGCGAAGAGAGCGGCGGUGCAGGAGGAGGCGGCGAGGAAGCAGUGGAUCUCACCGCGACGAGAUCCCAUCAGGGUGACGAGGACGACAAGGACGAUCCUUUGGAAGAAGAUGAAGAAGAAGGUAUCGAUGAACAGGACGAGCAGGAUGAGGAUGAAGAAGGUUCGCGCAAGCAAAUCCGUCAUCAACAAGAUGCGGAGAACAACAACAACUUUGUGGAGAACGGCCCGCCCUCCACAAUAUUUCCACCUGCUGGAACUAGUCACGUUACUCUUGAGGCUCUUCAGAACACGAAGGUGGCGGUCGCACAGUUCGCUGCUACCGCCCUUGCUGGUGGGGCUGACAGUGACGCGGCGUUACAAGAUCUUGCCAUUUUGCAAAACACACUGUUUACCCUUCAGCAUCAGCAGGUAUUCCAGCUGCAGUUGAUUAGUCAACUUCAGCAACAGUUGUCAAUCACUCACAGCCAGCCAGUAACGCAGCAACCAUCGAUGACGGAGCCAGUCGAUAGCAAAGAGGCAUCACCGUCUCCUAUUAUUCAUCCAAAGCCGUUGUCAAGCCUCACAUCACCACCCGCUUCCAGACCGCCGAGUCAUCAUCAGCAAUCGUCUCCAGCACCGCUGACGCCGAGUUUGCUUCAAGAGCGACCUACCUCAACGAGUAGCGCCUCUCCCUUGACUCUGCCUCUGCCUUCAACUGGCACCACGUCAACGACCACCGCCACGACUAGCAGCAGCCAAAUCUUAUUGUCGCAUCAAAUACCUCCUUGUUCGAUAAGCUCUUCCCUCGCUUCAUCGAUCAUAACAAACACUGAUCCCCCGCCUCUCCAUGAGCCGAAUACUCUGGAGAUGCUGCAGAAGCGUGCUCAAGAGGUUUUGGACAAUGCGAGUCAGGGUCUGUUAGCCAGCAAUCUAGCCGACGAACUUGCGUUUAGAAGUGGUAAAGGUUCGCGGCUCUCACCUUACGACUCGAAAUCAGGUGGCGGACGCGGCGAGACCUUCUUCAAGCAUCGAUGUCGCUUCUGUGGCAAGGUUUUUGGCAGUGACUCGGCGCUACAGAUCCACAUACGAUCCCACACAGGUGAGCGACCCUUUAAAUGCAACGUCUGCGGCAGCCGAUUCACUACUAAGGGCAACCUGAAGGUCCACUUCCAGAGGCAUACGGCCAAGUUUCCGCACGUAAAGAUGAAUCCGAAUCCCGUUCCAGAACAUCUAGACAAAUACCAUCCACCCCUCUUGCAGCAAAUCGCUUCUGGGCAGAGACCGAUGCCAUCCCCGCCGCCGCCACCGCCGCCGCCACCGCCUUCUCAUCAUCCCCCGUUUCAUCCAGCAGCAACGCACAGUUUCCUACCACCUCAGCCACCCUUACCUUUGAGCCUUAACUUGCCCGGUAUGACACCCCUUUACCGAUCUCCGAUUAUUAAUCAUCGAGACGAUCAGGAUGCGCCGGAGAAUCUUAGUAAACCCGUGACCGCGGCCCCGUCAACGUCCCCAACGUCGCAUUCUCCUAUCGCCAUAUCAAACUCGCGUCAUUCCUUUCACGACAAUCAUCAGCAACAACAAAAGCAACAACUUGAGCAGAGGGAAGAAAUAAAACUCGAACUCGAGAGAUCGCCCGGACAGGAGCAGUAUCAGCAACGGCCAAUGAGUCAGGAUGAUGCUGAACGAAUAACCCCGAAGAGAGAACCUGAAGAGACGGAAGAACCCGCGGAAGAAGAGAGCGAGGAUUUCGAGGAGACUACGAGGCGAUACCUCAACUCGCCUCAAUCUUCGGCAAAUCCUUUAUCCCAACCGCAAGUGUACGAUGAUUGCAGCAUGGACAGCAAGAUCAGCGGGCGUUUAGAGGGCGACGGAGAAAUAGAACUGGACGAGGAGACGGAAGAACAGCCGGAGAAUCUGUCCAGCAGAAGUGCGAUCUGUCGGUUACCCCAACAGAUCGUGGCAUAUCCAGGUGCCUCUCCAGCCAGUAGUAGUGCAAGUAGUGGCAGUCUUCAGACGUCCUUCGCCGGGAUCUUGUUCCCUGGUCCGCCGGCUCAUCAUCAAAUACCUCAUUUUCCUAUUUCAACUGCCGGUUCGACACCGGCUAUUUCCACGACUGAUAUGAUCGAUCCGUCUAAGGAUCCAGCGAUCUAUUCGAAUCUGUUACCGCGGCCGGGCAGCAACGACAAUUCCUGGGAGAGUUUGAUCGAGAUAACGAAAACUUCGGAGACUUCCAAGUUGCAACAAUUAGUCGACAAUAUCGAGCACAAACUAAGCGAUCCCAACCAAUGCAUCGUUUGCCACAGAGUGCUGUCUUGUAAGAGCGCGCUAUUGAUGCAUUAUCGUACUCAUACGGGCGAACGUCCUUUCAAGUGUAAAAUCUGCGGUCGCGCUUUUACAACGAAAGGAAAUCUAAAGACUCACAUGGGAGUACAUAGGGCGAAGCCGCCGCUGAGAAUGUUGCAUCAGUGUCCCGUAUGUCACAAGAAAUUCACAAAUGCUCUUGUGUUGCAACAGCACAUACGCCUUCAUACCGGGGAACCAACCGAUCUCAGUCCGGAGCAGAUCCAAGCCGCGGAGGUAAAUGAAUUUCCGCCUGGAUAUCCUCAUCAUCCACUGACGUCUUUCCUUCCGCAAGCAUUUCCGCCUGGAACCAUGCACCCGACCGGAACUGGCUUCUCCUUAGGGUUCCUUCCAUCUAGGCAGCCGAGCAUUGAACAGCAAUCGCAGGACGAUGUCGAAAUAAAAGAAGAGAUUCAGCAGCAGCAGCAACGGCAGCAGCAGCAACAUCAACAACAGAAAUUUCUAGAAGAGCAUGGCGAGGAAAUGGAAGAUCAAGAAGACGAAGAAGAAGAUCGUAGGGAAGAUGACAUAAGUGAGAAGUGUGACAUAAAUCAGGACAGGCGUAGUGUCGAAGUCGAAGAGGAGCAAGAGCAUGAAAGCGAGGAAGCGAGCGAGCACAAAGACGUGACGCUCCCUAUGUUUUCAACGUCGCUGGCGGCCCUCGAGAACCAAGUGAGGACUAUCACGACGACGGCCACAACCACGGUCGCGAAUAUUGCCAGAUCGCCAUCCUUUCAUCGAUAUAACGGUAGUGAGAAAAGCAAUAGCCCGCCGGCUUCCGGUGCUCCGCUUGACUUGACGCCCCGCGCUUCAUCUACACCGGCGUCUUCAGCAUCGCCGACGCCGCCACCUCAGAUAACACCGCACCACCCUCCACACCCCUUCGGCAUGUUUGCGGGACUGCUGCAAGCGGUAUCCUCUGCCCCUACCACCAACACGUCGAACAUAAACAGUGUCACUUCGAUGAGCGCCGUCACCCCGGGAGGAAACGGGUCCAGCAGUGGCCCGCUAGCCUCGCUAACCACUUCCGCUGUGUUAGCCGCAUCAUCGACGUACAAUCCGCUCGGCUUGGCUGUCGGAGGGCCAGCAGUACGUGGGAACACCACAUGUAAAUUCUGCUACAAGACCUUCGCGUGCCAAUCCGCAUUGGAGAUUCACUACCGGAGCCAUACGAAGGAGCGCCCUUUUAAAUGCACUAUAUGCGACAGAGGUUUCUCCACGAAGAACGACGAUUCCAGUCAGCAAGUAUGCUCCUGCGCGGACCAACCCUUCGCCGCGAAGGGUCCGAUACCCCCACAACCCAAUCCCCAAUAUCGCUCGCAUCCUGCGAGAUCGGCCACCGGAAAUCAUGAGAAACCGAAACGCAGGCGGCGGCGGCCUGAGGAACGGAAGAACCGGGGGCGGACAGGAACAGGAGGGGGGCGAAGGCUGACGUCUGUUUAUCCUGCCGUCCGCCUGCCCCCGCUGAUGCCAACCGCCCUCGGACUUCUACCCUCGGACCACGUCUUCCUGGGUAAUAUGAAGCAGCAUAUGCUGACCCACAAGAUUCGCGAUAUGCCGCCGCAUCUGUUCAGCGAUACUAAGCACCAGCAGCCACAACAGCAGCAGCAGCAGCAGCAGCAACAGCAGCAGCAGCAAUCUCAGGAUCAUGAAAUUUCCAGGAGCCCCCUGUGCGUUGAUGAUUCAAGCUUACCGCCACCCCCACCGCCACCACCACCCCUACCGACAAUGCCACCGACAUCCAUAGAGUCCGCGGUGCCAAUAAAGAGAUCGCCACCAGAAGGAGAUUUGCCAGCACCCAAGAGACCAGCCAGCGUGCUGAGCAAGCAUUUGUGCCAGAUUUGCAAUAAGAAUUUCUCCUCGUCUUCGGCGCUCCAGAUCCAUAUGAGAACCCACACUGGCGACAAACCAUUCCGAUGCACCGUCUGUCAAAAGGCGUUCACCACCAAAGGCAAUCUUAAGGUGCACAUGGGCACUCACAUGUUCACCAAUGGAACAUCGCGUCGAGGUCGACGGAUGACGUUGGAUCUACCUCCUCUACCAAUCACUCCCAAGGAUUCGGAAUUUCUGCAAAGACGACCGGAUCUCUUCUACCCGUAUCUACCCGCGCCAUUCCUUAAUGGUGUCCAGCAAAAGCUGAACGAGAUUUCGGUGAUACAGAGCAACAACGGGUUAGCGCCGCAUUCUUUGGGCGCGGGCAAGUACGCGGCGAGCCUGUUCGGCUCAGUGUACGGGACCGGUGGGGGAGGUUUCCCCCUAGACAAGCAACCGAUGGCGCCAACCAGCAACGGACCUCUGGUGGACGGCAAGUCCGCGAUUCCGUCGGGCUCCAUGCUCUUCCAGACACCGUCGCCCUCGCACUCGCCCGGUACGCCGUCGUCCAACAGCGGCAACCAGAACUCCGCCAGUAUGCCCUCUUGGACCGGCGAUGCUCUUCAGCAUCAUUUCGAUCGGGAGACUAAUUCAAGCAGAGCCGAGAACGACGUCGCACCACCCACCGCCCGGCUACCGCCGCCACCGGCGAGGGGAGAGGGAUUGGCCGCGUGAAGCUUAACGAACACAUAUCUUCCUACCUAGCUUCGUACUGAGAACUGCAAUCGUUUCUUCAUGGCAGCCCGAGUCUCCGAGUAAAGGCCCGAUCGCACGACGGGCAAAAGAAUCAUCCAGACUGAAUCGCAGCCGACGAGAAAAAAUCGCAGAGGGUGAACGGCAAUAGCACGCGGGCGGUUUCGUCCCUAUCCUCCGUCCCAACCGGUGAAGCUUUCCCGUCGACACCAUUGAUCCCGGGGAUCCAUGCGAUCCACAGAAGAUGAGCUUAUCAAAGGUGGAGGAGCGCCGCUUUUCCGCAACGGCGCGCUGCACUACCGUGGCAUGAUUUCGCGAACGCGAUCUUUCCACAAGGAAUCACGAUGAUCCGAGAAGACCUCCGUGGUGUUUCCGUGCAUUUCGAAGGAGGACGAUCCACGUUUCAGCGGCGGUCGCCAAGUCUCUCUCCACGUCGGGAAAGCGCGAGUGAUCCGAGAGAUCGCCGUGAUCAUGCACGAUCGAGUGAGUGAUUAUCGGAGUGUUGAUCGCGCGCGAUCGAGCUACUUGGCAUUUUUCCACGUAUGUAUGAUUUCUAUGUAUGUGACAUAUCCCUACUUCCCAAAAUCCCUUCCUUCCGGCAGCGGUUUGAAAACGAAGACACCAUGUUCCUAUUAUCGCGCUAGUCUUAAUGCGUAAAAAAAAAACGGGGAUCGAUCGAUCCGUUGAUGGCUUCCGAGUAGGCUAGUAGACAUCAAGAAUUUCGGAUCUCGGUUCCGGAGAAACCCUCAAUCUCGCGGGGCUCGAUCGCGUCACAUGUUCCUCCCAUCGCGUACGUGUCACACGUAUAUCGUUUAUUCAAGCCGAGACUUCGCGUCGACGCCGCGCGAUCGACGCGAGACGCUCCUCCGCUUAAAUAUUCAUCCCGAUACUCGCGUACGCGAUCGAGCCUCGUCCAACAUACGCGUACGUAUGCGUACGUACAUACAUACGAUGCUCGCAAUGUCGAAUCCUUUACGCGGGAAUUAGGAGGAAUCUCAGAGGUAGGCGCGGCGCCUAGACUGAGCUCGGUUCGCGAAAAGAAAGAAAUUACGGGCGCAGCGCGUAUCGGAGCCGCAAGACACGUGGCGUCGCGUUCCACUGGGAUGUCUCCGACACAAUUUGACCGUCCAUUCGACAGCGGUGGUCAGCUUUUGGGGUCGUCUAAACCCUACCGUAUAAAUAUAUACAUAAUAGCUACCUUAUAUGCAUCCACACACCCCCACACACGUAUACGCGGGAGCGCGCAUAGAAUAAUAUAAAUAUAUUAUAAAUAUAAAAGAUUACACACACACACACACACACACCACACGUGGAAUGUUUUAUCGGUGCGAUAUAGAGCGUGAGUUGUGUGCAAGUUGUAUACACGUGCAAGUCUGCGUGCGUUGCUUCCGUUUAUAUGCGAAACGAAUGGAAAAAGGGGGAACUAGAACUCGCGAGAUGAACGCGAGAACGAUAGAGCGUGUAUGUGUAAUUUAGGAGGCGGGCCUGGCAGCGCCCCUCGCUGUGAUAUGAGAGGAGCAGCCUGCAAUCACUAAACCAAUGUACUUAUAUCUUGUAUCAUAGUAUUAUAUAAUGAUAAUAAUAGAUUUAUUAUCGUGUUAUAUAUAUAUCAUUUACGUAAAUGAAUGAACGUAUGCAGGUGAAUACAUGCGAACAUACGUUGCGAAUGUCUGUGAACGCUUCAGUCCGAAUGACUAGUUGAUAAUGCCCAUCAUACUAUUAUUAUUAUAUUAAUUAGACGUCCAUCUUUCAUGUACGUCAUCGGCGAUGUUUGCGUUGUCGUUGUAAAUAUAAUUGUAUUACAUCGCAUCGCCCCUCUUACCUUACCCCUAUAAUUUAUAUCGAGUAUAUAACGUUAUUCUUUUUUUUAUGAAGAAAGCAAAAAUCACACAUCAAUCAGCGGCGCUAGGCGCUGUCUAAAAUCGACAAAAAACACAAUUGUUUCUAGUUUUAGCUUUUUAUUUUAUAAUAUAUUUGAAGUGAAAAAUUUAUUAACAUACAAAUGUGAGAGAGAGACUAUUAUUGGCUAUGUUUUAAUAUAUAUAUUUUUAAUGCGAAUAUAUAAUUAUUAUAUAUUAGAAAGUUAAUUAUGAUCUAAUAAUAAUUUAUAGAAGAGUUUUUUAAUUAUUAAUCUUUCCAGCUGUGAUCUUUUAGUGGGUACGUCAUAUGUCCAUAUAAGUAAAAUAUAAAAAAAAAACAUUACUAUGACAUUCGACAUAUUAAACGAUAUAAUGUAUACGUAAUAAAACUAUUUUUUACAUUAUCGAUCGCACGUAUUGAACUCUUUUAUCAGAUGUCAACUGCAAAUAGCUGGUAGUAACUUGAUAUACUAGAUUAUAAAUCAUUAUCGGCCGCCUAUAUUGUAAUUACCAAUCGAUUACCAGACGAUCGAAGCAUCGCCAAUGAAACGUAUACCAUUCGCGCGCGCGUUUACAAUGUCUACUAAUUUAUGAUUUAUUUAUUAUCUAUUCUUUUCGCGGAGUUCCGAUUCUGGUAUUUAAUGUCUUUGUAGACCUACUGUAGCAAUAUGAAAAAUAUAAUUCUUUACAUAAGUAAUACCAAAUGUUCAAUAAAUUGUAACGUAACGAUCAGGAGAGCGGAAACAAGUAUUUUUUUCUUAGGAGAAAAAAAAUAGGAGGUACUAUAUUGUCAAAUAUAGUUACACAAAACUCUCUCUGUGAGAAAGAAUUAAAUGGCUUAUUAAAUGAAUUCGUCAAACCCGAAAGAUAUCCUCCGCGUUGGCAGAGGAAAUGGCAACUGUUUCAUAAAAGUCUCAUUUGUCGAGAAAGUUUGUAAAUGAGAUAUUUUGUAGGCACUCGAUGUUUAACAGCGAAUCAUUAUACUGUGUAAAGCUAAAUGACUGAAUUUAUAUGUAACAUGUGUGCGUGGACAAAUUUAUGUAAGCCUUAUUUUAUUCGUUAUCGAAGAACAAUUAUUUAUUACUGUAACGCUGAUCGUUUUACUUUCGAAUAACUUCCUCGUAAUGUGAACUGUAUAAACAGCACGCCUAAACAUUUUCUACUCAUCUCUGGAGGUCGUGGAAAGUUUGCGUGUAUAUCAAAUGGUGUCGUAAUCGGUGUGACCGAUGCGAGAAACGGAAAUUUUACGUGUAAUCGAUCCUAUAUGUAUGUACAUACUCAUAAAUUAAUACUCGUGUAAUGGCUUCUGUGUAUGUUCUCCUUUGUAAGGCGAGAGAUGAAGGCCAAUCUACGUGUAACCCGCAACGAACAUUAAUACAGUGACACGUACACGUGCACGUGUGCAGGUGCGCGUACAACAGUCUAUAAACAUUCAUCUGUAAAAUAAUUUAUCUAAUCUUUGGCUAGUGACUGACAAUGAGUUAAGAAAUGUUUCGGAUGAAUUUGUCGGAACGGUCUCUGCACCGAUCGGGCGUCUGUCCCAUUGAGUAACAGAAUUGCAAAACAGGAAGAAGGAAACGUGCUGCUCGAGACGAAAUUUGCAAUCUGCCGUUUCUUCGGGAUACGUCGCGUCCAACAGAAAUCAAAAUCGCUAGUAGCUGCUUACGGUCAGUCAGCAGCGUGUUCAUUCGCGGUAGAAGUAUACCGAAAAAUUCGCCAAUUCCGUAAUCGGGAAGUGGAUAAGAAACUGGAAACAUUCCAGUCUCACUCUUCGAUCCAUCUCGUGUAUAAGUUUAAUUCGACAGAGAAAGAGAGAGGGAGAGAGCGAUUGAACUUAAUGCAUCGAAGCAUAUCGCCGUUUUGUACUUACCAAAUCAGAUUAUAUUUUUGUGUUUGACGAAAGAGGCGUACUAGAAAGAGAGAUGUAUCACCGAAUAAUAAUAUAUUCGUUUUCGAUAUGUAAGAGUGAUUUUUUGGUAGCGCGACGAAACUUUUAGAUUUUUCUAAAUUAUUCGCGAGGCGCGACAGCGAACUGUCAAGCAUUUCAACGAUCGAUCCUACGGUUCGAAUCUUCAGCUAGCCGAUUACCAAUCGAAGUACCGGUCGAUAGUUGUUUUACAGUGUUAGAUAGCCCACUUUUUAUGAAUUUGCAUAUCUCACGGAGAUACACGAGAUAUUUUUCCGUCUGAGGUUUCUUUUCCCGAUUAACGAUCUGCAGACAUUAAAAACGAAACGAUCUUUCGAGGGCGAGAAAAUUAUUCGCUUAUAGUUCACGAUUGCCGAUAUAAUAAGAUUAGAGACAGAAAAUGUAAUAUUCAUUUCUUCUUGAGGAAGAAUCGCGCCUUACAGCGCGCACCGCGAAGGAAGCUGUAUUGUAAAUAGUGAAUGUAUGACGAAUAAGUGGUUGAUGCAUAGCAAAGCGAAUAGCGUAUCGAACAGUCGAUGUACAUCUUAAGUGUAUUACCAAAAUUUUCGUAUUGUAAUGAUCGGCCUGCAUUUCAAUGAGGCGCGCACGUCUCCUAUAUAUGCCGUAUAAAUAAUUUACACGUGCGGAUGAAACAUAUAUGUAACGCAAACAGAAAUAUAUCCGGAUAGCCAUCGGUCUGGCGUAAUGCCCUGUGAAAUUGUCCAAAAAGAGGAAGUAUUGCUUGUACGAUCCUAAGUUAUUGUAAAUAUUGUAUAAUCCAUGUAUAAAAAAAACACACACACACGACUGUAUUAGAUAAAAGACCUAUCAUAUUGUAGUUAAAUACGUUAUGAAUCAUUAUAACUAUAUCACUUAACAAUAAAUCAUUAUUAUGAUGACGAAA